GUCAAACGAGUGCGCGACGUAUGACGAGUUUGUUUACAUGAGACGCUUAGUUAGUGUUGUUAUCGACCGGCAUAUAGUCGCAUCAGUUGGAUUAUUUUAUUCAAAAUGUCUUGCUGCAAGGGUCCAGGGUACGCCUCUCCGAUGGCCGCGUUCAGGAAUGGACCAAGAGAACAACUUCUGUACGUGGUCUGCGUUCAACCGGAUAAGACGAAGCAGGAUUAUCUGGCUACGAUAGACGUAGAUCCCAAGUCGCCUACUUAUUCCCAGGUGAUCUGGCGUACUCACGUGGGAAGUGUUGGCGAUGAGAUCCAUCACAGCGGGUGGAAUGUUUGCUCUAGUUGCCAUGACAACAAGGAGUUGAAGAGAGACCUCCUCAUACUGCCUUCACUGCACUCCUGCAACAUCUUUGCCAUCGAUGUCGGAACUGACCCUAGGAAGCCGAAGCUUCAUAAGGUAAUAGACGGGGCCGAGAUGAGGUCAUUCAACUGCAGCUUCCCUCACACCGCUCACUGCCUGGCAACCGGCGAAAUCAUGAUCUCCACUAUGGGAGAUAAGGAUGAAAACGGCAAAGGAGAUUUUGUGCUCAUCGAUGCAAAGACUUUGAAAGUGACAGGGACUUGGACGAAGGGCAAAGUUGCUAAAUUCGGUUACGAUUUUUGGUACCAGCCCUAUCAUGACGUCAUGGUCUCUACGGAGUGGGGUACUCCUAAAUAUUUCAAGACCGGUUUCCAUCCAGAUGACGUCAAAAACCCUGAGCGUUACGGUACCUCACUCAACGUUUACAAAUGGUCGACCAGGGAGUUGCAACAAGUCAUAGAUUUGGGUCACGAAGGCUGCGCGCCCCUCGAAAUCAGAUUUCUCCACGAUCCAAAAGCCGCGCAAGGAUUUGUUGGGUGUGCUGUUGAGGCUAAUGUUUACAGGUUCUAUAAAACAGCUGAUGGAACAUGGAAAACCGAUAAAGUCAUCGAUGUGCCGGCGAAAAAAGUUUCCAAAGAUGGCGUACAAUCCGAGCUUAACGGUUUAAUGUCCGACAUCCUUUUGUCUUUGGACGACAAAUACUUGUACUUCACCUGUUGGCUUCACGGGGACGUGAGGCAAUAUGACAUUAGUGACCCUGCACAUCCUAAACUGACAAGCAAAGUUCAGCUUGGAGGUCAAAUUAUAGAGAACGACCUUCAAGUUGUUGAAGACAAGGAGGCAGAGGGUCCGCUCAAACCAGUGGUGGUCAAAGGAAAACGUUUGCAUGGAAGCCCACAAAUGCUGCAGCUCUCUUUGGAUGGUAAACGUCUCUACGUGUCAUCGUCACUUUAUUCUCCGUGGGAUAAACAAUUCUAUUCUAAGAUGGCUACUGGGGGCGGAUGGAUAGUGAAACUGGAUAUCGACACAGAGAAUGGAGGCAUGAAGUUAGAUGAGAACUUUUUGGUGCAUUUCGGCGAUGAGCCUGAUGGCCCCGUGCUGCCACAUGAGAUGAGAUACCCCGGUGGAGAUUGCACUUCGGAUAUUUGGUUGGCUGAAGACUAAAAUAUCGAACAGUGCUACAGUGCCAAAAUAUUUUUGUAUCCGUAAGCAUAAUAACUACCUUUAAAAUGUUUCAUUUGUAUUUUAAUAAAUAUCAAGCAAAAUACGAAUCAUUUUUGUACAAAUAUCGAAUAAGGCGUAUUAAUAAAUAAAAAUAAUAAUGUCAUAUCAA